UCGAAUCAAAAUGAAAUAUGGACAUUGCAAAUGGAGUUUGACAGAAACCUCAUUCAACAAAAUACUAUCCAGCUGCAAACAUCACAAAAAAAACUCUCUCAAAAUAAAAAAAACUUAAAACAUUUGAAAAAUGUACGAAAUGUACCUAAAAACUACAAUGAAAUCAGAGACUCUGAGGGAUAAAAAUCGCCAGAUCGUUGCGAUUAAUCGGGCGAAUAGUCGCUCGAAAAUGUUCCACCAGAACCGCUCCAUUGGCGAGGAGCUGCCUGAUCUGAAGAUGGAGAAGGGAGCUCACCAGAAGCAUCGCGAUCAGCGACUCGUCCACUUGAGGGAACAGAGGGCAAAGGUGAAGCUUCGAGCGCGGCUAAUCCAAGGAAUGUCGGUGGGCGAACAAGCCGUGGCGUUUGCUUUUAGAAGCGAGACAUUCAAGCCGCCCAGUAAUCUAGACAUGAAUGUCCCUUUAGAGAAAUAUUUUCUGGACUUACGUAUUUAAAUUUAUAUAUUUUAUAGAAAAUAGUCCAAGUUGGUGUCGCAAGGACUU